AUGCCUGUCGUCAAAGGCGGUGUCUGGACCAAUAUCGAAGAUGAGGUUCUUCGAGCUGCAGUCUCCAAGUAUGGUCUGAACCAAUGGGCUCGUGUUUCCUCUCUACUUGCACGGAAGACACCGAAACAAUGCAAGGCACGUUGGAUAGAAUGGCUGGAUCCAGGUAUUCGCAAGGUCGAGUGGUCGCGCGAGGAGGACGAAAAGCUACUGCACCUUGCCAAACUGAUGCCGACACAAUGGCGCACAAUUGCCCCUAUCGUUGGACGAACCGCCACACAAUGUCUUGAACGCUACCAAAAACUUUUGGACGAGGCAGAGUCCCGUGAGAAUGAUGAGUUUGGAUUGGGAGGACCAGAGGGUGGAGAAGCCGCCGCUCCAAGCGCAGACGACGUUCGCCGUUUACGCCCCGGAGAAUUGGACCCAGACCCAGAAUCUAAGCCCGCCCGCCCCGAUACGAUCGAUCUUGAUGAAGACGAGAAGGAAAUGCUGAGCGAGGCGCGUGCGCGUCUUGCUAACACACAGGGUAAAAAGGCCAAGCGAAAGGCCCGAGAGCGUCAACUGGAAGAGUCCCGACGAUUGGCUGUGUUGCAGAAGCGUCGAGAACUGAAGAAUUCCGGUAUCAAUGUCAAGGUUGUGACCCGAAAGCCUGGGCAGAUGGACUAUAACGCGGAUAUUCCAUUUGAGAAGCCGGCAGCCCCUGGAUUUUAUGACACUCUCGAGGAGCAGGAUAUCAAUGAACGCCAGCGGGCGCAGUUCGAUCCGCGAAAGCUGCAGCUAGCUCAUAAGCGGAAAGGCGAUCAAGGCGACGAUGAAGAGCGAAAGAAGCGCAACAAAAAUGACAAAAAUAGCCCCUCGGCUGCCUCUGCCGCGGCUGUUCGUGCCGGCCAGAUGCAGAAAAUCCGUGAAUCAGAACAGAGCACCAAGCGUCGAGGUCUAGUGCUGCCUGCGCCGCAGGUUACCGAAAGCGAGUUAGAGAGUGUGAUCAAAAUGGGAAUAGCCGGAUCAAAGGCCAACCAAAUGCUCGAAGGAGAAGAUGAAACUCGCGGCUUGGUUGGACAUUACGGAGCCAUCAUGGGCGGAGCUCCAAUUCGGACGCCACGGGCAGCUCCCGAGGAAGACCACAUCGCCAACGAAAUUAGAAAUAUCCGGGCAUUGAACGAAACACAAUCUUCUCUACUUGGAGGCGAGAACACUCCUCUUCACGAGGGGGGCUCGUCAACUGGCUUUGAUGGUAUCGCCCCUCGAAAGCAAGCCAUUUUCACACCCAACCCAAUGGCGACGCCAUUCCGACAGGCCAACGGCAUGAGCGCCACUCCCAUGGUUGGUGGGGUUGGACCUGGAGCCACCCCGCUGCGUACACCACGAGAUCACUUUGCGCUCAAUCGGGAGGGCGAAGGUCGUCAGUUGGUUGGCAGCACGCCCCGAGAUAUUAAGAUGCAUCAGAAUUUCCUACGCCAGGAAAUUCGCAACAAGCUCUCUUCCCUUCCCAAGCCCAAGGAAACAGAGUGGGAGUUUGAGGAGGCACCCUCUGAGAACCCCGAGCCAGCUGCGGCUGUCGAGUUGAGUGUAGAGGAUGCGGCCGAACUUGACCGUAGAGAGGCAAAGGCUCGGGAAUUGGCUGCCCAAGUUGAUUUCAAGCGCCAGUCGCAGGUAUAUCAGCGUGGCUUGCCUCGGCCUGCCACUAUUGAUAUCGGUGCCUUGAUGCAGCGCGCUUCUAACGUUAGCGAUCCCAUCGAGGGCCUGAUUGCCCGGGAAGCCGCUAUUCUCAUUGCUCACGAUGCACGAAAAUUUCCCCUGUCCGGCGCGAAGGUUGAGGGCAAAUCACCUAAACUGGGCUAUCUGGACGAUGCAUUCCUGGAAGCAGCCCGUGCAACCAUUGCUGCUGAAAUUGCGUCGACCGAAGUCGAGAAGGAAGAAUGGCAAGAGAAAUUCAAUGAUGUCUGUCUAUCAACCCGCUCCAAGGCGCUGCCAGGUCUUGAGAACUACGGCGACGAAGAAGAAGAUGAAGAGGAGCAGCUCCUGAGCAAAACUCUUGAUAACGUUACCACAUCGCUCAUUGCUACUGCCCAGCUUGGCAACAAGCUUGAAAAGAAACUUGCCCUACACUACGGGGGGUAUCAGAAACGCGCACAGACACUCCGUGAGAAGAUCAAGGAGGCCAGCGUAGCCUUGCCCAAGGUCCAGGAACAACUGGACGGCUUCCGCACUCUCCAGACCUCCGAGGAGACAGUUAUCUCUCAGCGAUUGGAGAAGUUACGUGAGAAUGUGUCCACUGUCAUGCGUCAGGAGCGAGAGGCACAGGAAGCGUACAAGAUUCGGAAAGAGGAACUAGAUUAUCUGGUUGCCAACUCAGCCAUCGUUAACUGA